AUGGACGACUUCAAGCACAUUGUCGACCACUCUAGCAGCUCCGAUGGUUACGGUGAUGACUACGAUCCAGAUGGUGAUUGCAGCGUGCACCAAAACGACGACUACCGUCAUCUCGCCUCAAGAACAGAUGACAGCGAGCCUUACAACACCCAGACGCCCUCGCACCCGCACGAACUCGCAGAGCAUGAUGAGAUCAUGAGACCUGGCAGCUUGGCCAACUCCACCCAAAGUCACGUUCAGGCCGCAACCGAGUCCUCGGAAGAAUGGCUGAAAGUCGACCUGAUCCAUGUCAUGUCCAAGGAUCCCGUUCUGAAGUCCAUAUUCCGUCAGGUUGAUGAUCGUUUCGGCGAACUGCGUCUCACCACGUUCAUCAAGUUGUUCUUCGCAAAGUUCGCCGGCAUCCACGACAUGAAGAAAGAUGCCAUCGGAGAUUUAGGAAUGACCCUUGACCUGGGCGCCCUGGAAAUCGACGUGGCCAAGUGUAUCAUCAACGAGGCCGAUGCACCUGCGCAGAAGGCCAUCAAAGCUCUCCGCACACUGGGCAGAGCAUAUCCCAAAGUAAUCAGUCACGCUAUCACGAGGCUCAAACAACUCAUCCUCGCCUCUGAAGCCCAGGUCCCGGACGUCUACAAACGCAGUAGGAUAGAUGAUUUGUGUGCUGUUUUGUACGCCAUCAAGUCUGAUCAGCACUAUCAGCCCAGCGAGUGCAGGAGCUUCCAAAGUCGAUUCUUCUUCCGUGUUUCCAUCAUUACUCACCUGAAUCUGAUCGGAGGCAAGCCAGCUACCUUUGAAGCCCUGAUUAAAGGUCUCGACAUGGGCUAUCAUAAGUUCUUGGAGAUACUUCCUGGCAUGGUUCAAAUCGCCCGCUGCAAACAGAGAAGUCGCCGUGGCUAUGCGACGAACACAUCGAUACUCCAGGGGUCGUGGCUGUAUCAGUUCGCCUCUGAACUCAGCUCUCUGGAUCCUGCGCGCGAGCAGUGGACAGUUCUGAACGAUACCACCUACAAAGGUCUAAAGGAGGCCAAGGAGAAGGAAACAGUCUUCCUGAUACAUGAGUCCGACCAAGCCAUUCCUCUCGCCAUCGAAGCAAAGGUACUCACAAAGCCUUUCUACUGGAAUACCUGGGACAAGAUCACCCCUCAAGUCUUGACCAACCACGGCCUGGUCACGCUUCCUCCUCCUGAUUUCCUCCCUCCAUGCUCGCCUGCUAAGCCGCUUUACCCGGACCUUGUCUUGCUGCCCGAGGUUGCCUCCACUGAGCCUUGCAACAAGAUAUCUCUGCCAAACCGCAAACGCCCUGCUCCUGAGUAUCUGGACAAUGGAAAGGGAUGCAAGAAGCAGGGGUAA